AUGGCGAAUCCUAAUCAGCUGGCCUCUCAAGCAUUACCUUCAUUAAUUAUCUGUAUUAUUGGAUUAACAGCCGCCGGUUGGAUGAUGGAUAUCUAUCAACAUUGGGAAGUAUUUACACAAGUGUCAGAACUAUUCAUUCUAGUACCAGUAUUACUCAACUUGAAAGGAAACCUCGAAAUGAAUCUAGCUGCUCGUUUUUCAACAUCGGCUAAUAUGGGGCAAUUGGAUCAUCCUGAUACUCGGAAUGCCCUUGUCUGGGGUAACAUGGCUCUUAUCCAAGUCCAAGCACUUGUCUCUGGUUCUAUCGCCGGUAUCUUUUCUCUUCUACUCGGUCUCUUACUUCAUCCUGAUGAAACAGUGACGAUCAGUAAUAUCAUCCUUGUCAUCUCAAGCUCCAUGGUGGCUGCUUCCGUAUCUAGUUUUGUGCUGGGAUUAUUCAUGUGUAUUUUAAUCAUCAUUAGUCGCAUAUUAAAAAUAGAUCCUGAUAAUAUUGCUUGCCCCAUGGCCUCUUCUUUAGGUGAUGUUGUUACACUGGCCAUUCUGGCUGGUUGUGCCAAUCUUUUACUAGAUAAAACAGUAUCCAACUUGGGCUCAUGGCUGCUCUUCAUCAUGUUUAGCUCGAUACCCUUCUUUGGCUUGGCUGUUUGGAGAAAUACACAUGUCAGAGGUCUACUCUUCACCGGAUGGACACCAAUUGUAAUUGCCAUGCUCAUUUCUAGUGGCGCUGGCUUAGUCCUUGAAAGAUAUGUUGAACAAUAUCAAGGCUUAGCUAUGCUAACGCCUAUCCUCUGUGGAUUGGCUGGCAACCUUGGUUCAAUUUAUGCAUCACGUAUCAGUACUUGUUUACAUAAGGGUGUUCAAGAACAGUUUAGACGAGUCGAAUGGAUCUUGUUAUCAAUGAAUGUGCCUAUCCAAUCAUUAUUUCUCGCUAUUGUCUGGUUUAUAGAUAUUGGUCAUCUUGACUUAUCACUUGCAUUUGCUAUUACUUAUUUUAUAGUAUCCGUCAUAUCUACUCUCGCUGCACUCAAAAUGGGUAAAUCAAUGACAUUAGCCUUUUGGAAAUAUAAAUAUGAUCCAGACAAUUAUGUAUUACCUUACCUAACGGCUAUUAUCGAUGUCAUCUGUACAAGCUUACUAGUCAUAUCUUUCAGCUGGUUAACUGCGACUGGAUAUGCACACUUACAUGAACCUAUUUGA